CAGAAAUCUAGAAAGCCUGAAGACUGUGGAUCACACUAAGGGCGUCUGAUCAGCGCGAGCAGAACGGCUGAUCCUGGGGCCUCACGCAUUUGGCAGUGUACGCAGAAGACAGCAAUAUCCCUGGGGUUCAUCUGUAGGUCAGAGGUCAUGUGUGACGAGUUGUGUUGCCAUGGCCGCCCAAACUUUGUUUGCUCCCUGUUGAUACACCUCGGACAAUAGAAAACCAGACAUUUUCUUGGAUUUUGAGGGACCGUAGAGAUUUAUAUACAUCCCAGCUUGAGUCUGAAGGAUUUGUAGAUGCUCGUUAAAGUCGGGGAGCUUGUGACAAGGAGGUAGCAUAGAGUUUGCCACAGCAAAGACGAGAUCUAAAUUUGCGAGCUGCUUUCCGGAAGUUGAACUGUACUUUCUUGGACAAGUAAAGAUGCCACAUUUGAAGCAGCCGAGAGCAACAGAACCUUUGUGGAAGUCUUGGGACUUUAAGGCGCAGAAAGCAGGCGUCAGGCAUACAGUGUAUUCUGUCAACGGGGACCAGUAUACGGGAGAAUGGCUGGACAACAAGAAACAUGGCAAAGGAACCCAGACGUGGAAGAGGAAUGGUGCUAUCUAUGAUGGUGACUGGAAGUUUGGGAAGCGGAAUGGCUUCGGCACCUACAGCACCCCCCUGCCUGGAGGGGGGUACAAGAAAAUCUACUCAGGGGGGUGGAAAAAUGACAAAAAGCAUGGAUAUGGCACAAACUUCUACUCAGAAGAGGAUUACUAUGAGGGUGAAUGGUACGCAGACAAGCGCAGUGGCUGGGGCAGGAUGUACUACACAGACGGCAGUAUAUAUGAGGGGGAAUGGUACGACGACAAACAGAACGGAGAGGGCAUGCUCAGACUAGCCAAUGAGAACAGAUACGAAGGCCACUGGAAGGAUGGGAAGAAACAUGGAGAGGGGAAGUUUUUCUACCUGGACAAGGGACAGAUGUACCAGGGUGUGUGGGUGGAGGAUGUGCCCAAGUGUGGCACCAUGGUAGACUUUGGCAGGGAGGGGGCACCAGAACCAACCGUCUAUCCUAUACCUAAGCUAACCCUUGCUGACUCAGGAGAAGUUUUAGAAGAUGCCAAGGCAACAUUUCUACAAGAAAAGGAAUAGUUGUGAAGAGACUGAAUAUGUAACUGUACCUCCAAGUUUUUUAAACUUUCCAAAUUUUACAGGAAUCAUGAAGUAAUAUGAAGGUAUUGGAUUUUAAAUGAUAGCAUUUUUACAAACUUUUUACUCCAGACCUACAUGUAUCUCAACAUGAAACUGUUAGAGGAGUACAUACUGAACAGUUGCUAAAUUAUGUGCCAAAAUUUCUAUUGGCAAACUGGACCUCCAUAGAAGUUAGAUGCUUUUAAACAGUGUGUAUGAUGUAAAUAUGUGUAACAUACUAGUCUAUAGUAUAUGGGAAUGCCUUUUACCUUUGUACAGAAUUUGUAAGGACAAUUUAAGAUACAUUAACCAUUGAAAAUCAUGCUCAAUUUGCAUUCCAUCAAGAAUCAGUGUAAACAAAGCAAAUAUUCAUCAAAGCAAUAUGAAGUCAAAAAUUUCCAACAGUGCUCAGUGUUCUUGAGUCAAUAUUAUGUUGAAAUACAUAAUGGACUAGAAUGUGUAUUUGAGCGACUUGUCAAAUUGCGCCUUGUUAUUAAACAAGCUUGAAA